AACUGAUGAUGAGUCGUUGGAUGCACUUCUCAUAAGGGAAGGACCAAUGUGCGAGUUCGCCAUUCCUGGUGCUCAGAACACUACUGUUCUCGUUGUUGGAGCUACUAGUCGGAUUGGUCGCAUAGUUGUCCGCAAGCUCAUGCUCCGAGGCUACUCUGUCAAGGCACUGGUCAGAGAGGCUGAUGAACAAGUGCUAGAUAUGCUUCCUAGAUCAGUGGAGGUAGUAAUUGGCGAUGUGGGUGAACCAUCUACUCUUAAAGCUGCAGUUGAAGGCUGCAACAAAAUUAUUUAUUGUGCUACUGCUCGCUCUUCCAUUACUGCAGACCUUUACAGGGUUGAUCACCAAGGCGUCUAUAAUCUCACCAAAGCGUUGCAGGAUUACAACAAUAGAUUAGCACAGCUACGAGCAGGAAAAAGCAGCAAAAGCAAGCUUCUUCUCGCAAAGUUCAAGUCUGUCAACUCACUCGAUGGUUGGGAUGUUCGGCAAGGAACUUAUUUUCAGGAUACAAUGGCCUCCAAGUAUGAUGCUGGAAUGGACGCUAAAUUUGAGUACACCGAGAGUGGGGAGGCUGUUUAUUCACGAUAUGUAUUCACGAGAGGAGGGUACGUUGAGCUGUCCAAAAAGCUUUCACUUCCUUUAGGUUGUACUCUUGAUAGGUACGAAGGUCUAGUUCUCUCUGUUGGUGGGAAUGGAAGAUCAUAUGUUUUAAUUCUUGAAGCUGGUCCUUCAGCGGAUACAACUCAAAGCAAAUUGUAUUUUUCGAGGUUUAGCACAAAAGUUGGAUUUUGUAGGGUCAGAGUGCCAUUUUCAUCCUUCCGCCCUGUGAAGCCAGAUGAUCCCCCAUUGGACCCGUUUCUUGUACAUACAUUGACAAUACGUUUUGAGCCCCGAAGACAGGUCUGUCCUUUUCUGCAGUGAGUUUUUGAAUGUUAAUUUAACCAG